AAAUAAAAUGGGAAUAUUUGGACAAUCUUCCGGAUUCGAUGCCGAUGUUGAAAAAGCCACCAGUGAAUCAAAUACCAAUGAAAACUGGUCUCUUAUUCUGGAUGUUUGUGACAAGACAUCUUCGAACAGCCGCAAUGCCAAGGAAUGUUUAAAGGCCAUCAUGAAGAGAAUGGGUCACAAUGACCCACAUGUCGUAAUGCAAGCCAUCACACUAUUAGAUGCAUGCGUAAGCAAUUGCGGAAAGCCAUUUCAUUUGGAGAUAGCUUCUCGAGAGUUUCAAAACGAAUUCCAGAGGUUAUUGGGGAAGGCGCAGCCGAAAGUAGCUGCAAGAAUGUGCCAAGUAUUAAAAGGAUGGGCCGAGGGAGAUUUUAAGAGCGAUCCUGAGUUAAAUCUGAUACCAUCAUUAUACAAUAAAUUGCGACAAGAGAAUUACGAUUUUAGCAGUUCAAACGAAAAACCCAUGAAAUCGACCCCCAAACUAGCGCCUGGCAAAGAAAUUGCCUCAACCAGUCAGCAAGAGGAAGACGACUUGGCUAAAGCUAUAGAACUAUCCUUAAAAGAAGUUAAAAGCAGUCCAAAAAAUAUUGCGACCUCCUCAGGCGGUAAUUCAUCCAGCUACCCUUCUUUAUAUCCAUCGGUAUCGAAUACUGCUGCGUCAUUUUCAAUUAAUACGGGGGAACCCCGGAAAGUUCGAGCACUGUAUGACUUUGAAGCAGCUGAGGAGAAUGAACUGACUUUUGCUGCAGGUGACAUCAUACACGUACUCGAUGAUUCCGAUCCCAACUGGUGGAAGGGCUUUAAUCAACGCGGAGAAGGUUUAUUCCCUUCGAAUUUCGUUACUGCAGAUCUGUCAGUGGAUCCUGAACAAUUGGAAAUAAAUCAACAUCACAAAAUGAAAAAAAGUUCACAAUUUGAAGAAGAUACUAAGGAACUGCAAUGUAAGACUGAGGCCGCGGCAGCUGCUGCUGCAUCGCAGAAGAUUGAAAUUGACGAGAAAAAAAUUGAUCGUUUGUUGCAUUUGAUAAAUGAAGCGAAUCCUGAGGACCCUUCUCAAGAUACGGAAGAGAUGUUACGUUUGGAGCAGGAAGUUCAUCAGAUGGGUCCAUUAAUUGAUGCAGAGUUAGAGAGGGUUGACCGAAAGCAUGCCCAACUAUCGCAACUUUCUAGCGAUCUGGUGGACGCUAUAAAUUUGUAUCACUCAUUAAUGAGGGACGAUCGAAAUGUGAUGGGAUCUCCUUACGGCGUGAAUACUAUGACUAGUGUCCCAGUGAUGCCAAACUAUCAUAAUAUGCCCCAACAGGGCUACAAUGUUUUAUUUGGCUCUAAUGCUGCAUAUAACAUCGGAGCAUAUAACAGCGGACCUCACAGUUUACAGAACAGUCUGCCGUCGAUGAAUUUUCCGCCAUCUUCUGCUAGUUACCAAUCAAUGCGAAUACCGAUGUCGUACCAAAACAAUCAAUCGAACACUCCAUCAUCCCAACACCAAGAUCCAAAUAUACAAUCAAAUUCGCAAAUUAUGUCUCAACAGACGUUAUCGUUACCACAGAAUCAUUCCCAGCAACAAAUCUAUAUGACAUCCAAUGGUCAAAUUCAAGGGCCAGCUGCAAAUAUUUCUACCCCGGCAGACACACACCAGCAUCAACGUUACCAGUUACCACAGCAAUUCGCGAUGCAGACACAGUCUCCUUCAAUCACUAAUGCAAUGCAAACAAACCCACAGGUCCCACCCACACAGUCCACUCAAAACCAACUCCAGUCUCACUUUAUUUCUCCCCAACAUAACACUUUGCAACAACAAACACCACAGUCAUAUGCAAACAGUUCUUCCUCUCAACUUCUAUCAGACACUCCACCUGUAUACAGCCACCAAACCCCACUCACAAAUGCUCCACCGCAAACUACAUUCGUAGGCAAUCAACAUUUACCACCAGCCCUCGACGAUCAAUUCGGCCAACUGCAACACCAAAUAGCUAACAUGACAGUUACACCGCAAUCAUAUCAGACAAAUGUUCAACAAAACAUUCCAGUAUACAAUCAACAGCGGUAA